CCUUUCCAUAUUCCUCUCACAACAUCAUACCUAUUGUAAUUCCACAGUGCCCUAUUUUUCUCUACAUAGGCAGCGCUGCCAUAGAUGACCGGUGUUUCGCGCUCAUCCGGCAGGCACAAGAAAUCUAGGAGGCGUUGCUAUGGUGCACAUGUGGUCAACAAAAUAAUGCUGGGGCUUAUCUGUGGGCUUAUUUUGUGGCAUAAACCACAGAGUACUGGCCACAGAACUGGUAGGUGUUCUGUGGUAUUGGUAGGUAGACUGGUAGGCGUUCGUCUAAACCGCAGAUAAUGCACUGCGAAUCGCGCACACCGGGUUGGUUUGACAGCGUCCACGUAGAGGGGCGUUUCGUUGGUUUCGUUUCUGUGAUCACUCUUAACUAGGUGUCUUUUCACACAUCGGGGAUUUGCCGUGUGAUUGUAGACGUUGCGAUGCCUUCGUUGAAGAAGCCAACGUUCGGCGCCCAGACGUUUUUCGCCUCGAGUCAUGCGAGGGACACCUGUGGCAUGAACGGAUUACCGCUCACUCCGAACUCGAUCAGGGUGCUCGGACUCUUUCAGCGUCUCAAAUGCCUGUCUCACAAGAACCUCUGCGCAUACCUCGACGCAUUUCGUAGCAAACACGAGAGACUCGUUGUCGUCAUUGAACACUUCAAAAAUUCUUUGCAAGACGAAAUUCCGAAGAAGCUGCCAGUUGACACCUUCAGCAGAAUAUGCCGAGAAGUUCUGGAAGCACUGGACUACCUGCACGCAAGAGGCAUCAUGCACCGGGCUCUCUCUCCGUGCUCCGUACUUCUCGAUGACAAGUUACAAGUCAAGCUUGCCAACUACGGAUUGUGCCACAUGACUGAGAAUGGCAGGACUGUACCUUUUCCACUGGGGACACCAAAAUACCUUGCCCCUGAAAUCUUGACUCAAGAGAGGUCGUUGGGACCGAAAGCUGACAUUUGGUCGCUGGGUGUCAUCACCUUGGAGUUGGCUCUGGGCAAAGAGGUAUGGAAAGGAGCAAGCCUUGAGCAGAUUUUUACAAAGCUGCUGACCUGCACCAAAGAAGAUGGAGAUGUCGUGCUUCUUUUGGCAGAAUCUGACCCACUGAGCAGCAAACUUGAGGAGCUGGACCCUCUUCUCAAGUCCUUCAUCUCCUCGUGUUUGAAAGUGUUCCCCAGAGCAAGGCCAUCGGCUCGAGAACUGCUACAACACCCAUUCGUUGCACUGGCCGUAGAAGAGCCUUCACUGCCCAUGCAUUUGGAGCCUCUACGCUGUGAGUCACUGGCUCCUCUGAAAUGCACACCUUGCUUCGGAGAAAGUCCCUUGGAAGAGCGCCCUCUGCAAGAGCUGUACUCCCUGUGGUGCCUAGCUGGUGGCGAUGCAGAAGCAGAGCUUGGCAGGCAAGGCAGUCUGCGUGCUAAGCCCCCCAUCUGUACAAUGCCAUGCAUUGUACUUCUAGAGGGAGAAGAGCUCGGGCAGAAGAAGGAUACAAUUUUCUUCUAUGACCACACAGUUGUGCUCCUAUCCGCGGAGCAACUUUGCCAGAGGCUGGAAGGAAUGGAUCCAAAUCUCUACUAUCCCCUGAUAGAAGAAAGCGGGGAUGUGCCUGCUAGUCCGAGCUUCAGUAGUGACACCGCUGCAUUGCCUGUAGUCAUCCGUGAAAAAGACGUAGAAUACCAGAUUCAGCGAAUCAUUCUUUACAAUCGGCUCCUGGAGGCAUACCCUUAUCAGCAGCAGCGGAUCAUCCGGGAGGCAAAGCUGGAUAUCCCACCACUGUGCAGAGCCCUCAUCUGGUCAGCAUUGCUUGAUGUGCAGGGGGACCUAAUACGAGAGUACGAAGCCAUUGACAAAGAAACGCCUACUCCAACUGACAGACAGAUAGAAGUGGACAUUCCCAGAUGUCAUCAAUAUGAUGAGCUCUUGUCAUCCCCCACUGCUCAUGCCAAGUUCAAGCGCCUUCUGAAGGCUUGGGUUGUAAGCCAUCCGCACUACGUUUACUGGCAAGGCUUGGAUUCAUUGUGCGCACCAUUUCUACGUCUGAAUUUCAAUGACGAAGCUUCUGCGUAUGCGUGCUUGUCCACAUUCAUCUCGAGGUACCUUUACGACUUCUUUCUUCAAGACAACUCCCAAGUUAUCAAAGAGUACCUGGCUGUAUUUUCUCAUUUGGUUGCCUUUCAUGAUCCAGAGCUGACAAACCAUUUGGAUAGUAUUGGAUUUCUUCCUGAGCUCUACUCCAUUCCUUGGUUUUUGACCAUGUACACACAUGUGUUUCCCUUGCACAAGAUAUUCCACCUUUGGGACACGCUCCUGCUCGGCCGAGACAGCUUCCCACUCUGUGUGGGCGUGGCCAUUCUGCAGCAGCUUCGUGCAGAUCUGCUAUCGUUUGGCUUCAAUGAGUGUAUUUUGCUCUUCUCAGACAUGCCUGAGAUAGAUAUACAGCGGUGUGUCGAGGAUUCUAUCCGUAUCUUCUGCACUACGCCACAGAGCUCCACAUUCAGAGCUCAUGCAAGUCCCAGCGGCCAGCCCCAAGAGCCACUCGGCAUGACCAUGGUGCCCUUGGAGGACCUGAAGGUGGAGCUCUGCCCACGCAUCUCCCCUCAUGACCUUUUAGCUCUGCUUCAGGUGUCUCGAAAGGACAGCUGUAAAAUGCCUCUUCUGGUCAUCGAUGUACGUCCCUUCGAGGAGUACCAGCGGGGCACCAUUCCAGGCGCCUUGAAUGUGGUCCCAGCCAGAGGCAGGCUCACAGCAGCAGGUGUGGUGGUGGUGGCAGGCAGCCAGAAAGAACACACUGCAGCUGUGAAUGUGGCCAAUGGACUGGUGCGCAGCGGUCAGCCCCGGGUGUGCCUUCUGCACGGUGGCAUCGAGGUCCUGCGCACUGUGCUCGAGCUGCCAUCCUAAGUGACCGGCGGUGGCAGCAGCCAAUAAACAGCGUUCACUCAUACACCACC